CAGAUACGCUUCGCAUUUCUUUUUCUAAAAAAACAUAUUAGAAUUCCGAUGGGGUUUAGAACCGAAACCAUUGGUAGUAUUUUCGGUUCCACCAUGUUCUUCCUAAUCUUCUUCAUCUUGCUUCUGUCACAGCAUCAUUGUGCUGAAGUUUAUGAAAUAACGCCGUCACAACCAUUUUCACAGACACAAACCCUUGUCUCCCCCAGCCGCAUUUUCGAAUUGGGGUUCUUCAGUCCUAAUGGUUCGGUUAACAAGUACGUGGGGAUAUGGCACACGAACAUAUCUCCGCGUAAAGUUGUAUGGGUUGCCAACAGAGAAAAUCCUAUUGCAGCUUCAGAUACCUUGGCUAAUUUGACAAUUAGCAGCAAUGGGAAUCUGGAGCUUGUAGAUGGGAAGCAGAAUUCUCUUUGGUCAACGAAUAUUUCAGUGCCAUCUAAUGGUUCAGCUGCAGAGCUUUUGGACAACGGAAAUCUUGUCGUAAAAGAUGAUGAUGUCGGAGCUGAUCCAUUGUGGCAGAGUUUUGAUUAUCCUAGUGACACAAUUCUACCAAAUAUGGUGCUGGGAUUCAAUAGUAAAUCCGGAAAGCGCAGUUUAAUGAAAGCCUGGAAAAGUGAGAGUGAUCCAUCAGCUGGCUUGUUCUUGGCUGGACUUUCACGGGACGUUCCAUCACAAGUGUUCAUUUGGAUUAAUGAAUCGAAACCCUACUGGAGAAGUGGGGCAUGGGAUAAAUCCAUGUUCAUCGGGGUACCGGAUAUGGAUGGUCAAUAUCUAAGUGGAUUCACUCUAAAUGCUGAUGUGAACCAGGGAACAAAAUAUUUUUCUUAUAGGUUUUUUGACAAUACGCUUUCAUAUUUUGGCAUCUCUUCGGACGGAGUACUGAGUCUUAAGCUUUCGGACAAUGGCAGCAACUGGUGGCUAAGCUGGGAGGCACUGGUGAAUCCAUGUGAAAUUUAUGGAACAUGUGGAGUUAAUGGUGUCUGCAAAGGUUCUGAAUCUCCAAAUCCAAAUUGCGAGUGUUUGAAAGAGUUCGAAAUGGAAACACGACUGGAGGAUGAAGGAAAGCCAGUAAAGCUAAUUGCCAGCGUCACUGCUGUUGGUUUUAUCAGGAACAUGAAAGGAAAAACAAAGUUAAUGCAGUUGAAUCAUACAAGUGAUCAUUCAGGUGACAAUCUUCAAGAAUACAUAAGAAAACAUGAUCCGUCGGAGCUAUUCAUCUACGACUUUGACAGCAUAUUAACUGCUACAAACAAUUUCAGCACCACGAACAAACUCGGGGAAGGAGGUUUCGGCCCUGUUUACAAGGGUAAGCUACAAGAAGGGAAGGAAACAGCCGUAAAAAGACUAUCCAGUAGCUCGGGGCAAGGCAUGGAGGAGUUCAAGAAUGAGAUGCUGUUGAUCUCCAAACUCCAACACAAGAAUCUUGUUAGGAUCAUGGGCUGCUGCGUCAAAGACGAUGAAAAGUUACUGAUUUACGAAUUCAUGCCGAACAGAAGCUUGGAUACUCUUCUAUUUGAUCCUAAGCGCAGAGAAGAGCUUGAUUGGGCUACACGCUUCAAUAUUAUCCAGGGAGUUGCUAGAGGGCUUCUUUAUCUCCACCACGAUUCCCGUUUGAAGGUAAUCCAUAGAGAUUUGAAGGUUAGUAACAUUCUCCUGGAUGAGAAUAUGAACCCAAAAAUUUCAGAUUUUGGAUUGGCACGAAUCGUUGAAGCGACACAGAGUCUAGCAAAUACUCACAAGGUUGUGGGAACACGUGGUUAUAUGUCUCCAGAGUAUGCCAUGGGUGGGAUAUUUUCUGAAAAGUCUGAUGUCUAUAGCUUUGGCGUCUUGCUAUUGGAGAUUAUCGCCAACAAAAAGAAUAAUAGCUUCUAUUGCAACGAAGAACAGCACGGAUUCUUAGCUCAUGUUUGGCACUUAUGGAAUGAAGGCAGGGGACUGGACUUGCUAGAUGAAGUAUUGGUGGAUUCAUAUUCGUCCUUAGAAGUAAUGAGAUGCAUGCACAUCGGACUCCUUUGCGUGCAGGACAAGUCUGAAGAUAGACCAACCAUGCCGGACGUAGUUUUCACACUAAGUAGUGAGACGGAUCUUCCACUACCUAAGCAGCCUAUAUUUUCUUAUUUCCGAAUCUCUGUCUCUAAUCCUCAACCCAAAUAUGACAAUAUUUUAUCUGCAAAUGAAGAUGCCAUAACCGUGAUCGAAGGUCGGUAAGCAAUAGAACGUUGUUACAUCACAAUGCAGUGGAUUUUGGCUAUUGCACGUGUAAAUACAAGUAGGGUUAUUGCACGUGUAAAAGUUCUGCAGCUUGUAGACCGCAAAUCUGCUAUUUAAUUAGUACAGUGGUAGACUGAGUUGAAAGAUAAUCGAAACAAUUUAA